UUUGCACAAUAGUCUAUGCACUUGAACAGCAUCAGUAAAGAAAAGAUGAAGAAUGAUUCUACCUCUCCUUCAACAAAAGCACUAAUAUUUCUCAUUCAAAUUGUUUUUCUAGUUGUCUUUCUUCCAACCAGCCAUUGCAGUAGGCCAGCGGUCUUCUUCACAAUGGAUGCCAAUCUGAUCGAACAAACAUGCAACCAAACACCAUAUCCCGAUCUUUGCGUCUCCACUCUUCAAUCAGACUCUCGAAGCACCGAAGCGGAUGUCAAAGGCUUAGGCAUCAAAGUGGUUGAUGCAGUUAAGCCUAAGGCAAUCGAAGCUAUGAAUAAUGCCUUGGAACUUAUAGAAGGAGCUUGCGGAAAUACCUACCACCAAGUUUUCGGUACUGAUAUUCCACAAGCCAGUGAAGCUUUCUCUAAAGGUGACUCUAAGAUAGCAGAGAUAGCCAUGAUCAAUGUCGUAGAAAAAGCAGAUUCAUGUGAAAGUGGGCUUCUCGGCGGCAGUCGAUCAUUUCAAAGAUAA